AUCAUGUCUGCCAUUUCGUGCUAAGAACCGACGACUGUAUACGUGUGUUACCGUUACGCAGGAACCAGCCGGCUCUGUGGGGUGACGUACAAGUCACUUUGUAUCGUUUGAUUAGUCUGAGAUUUGAUUGCAGUGUGUGAAGUUUGAUAACUUUAUUUACCAAACUGUUUUGUGAUUGUGUAUAGCAGUGCAUCAUUUCCUUUUUUUUCCUAUUGUUCGUACAACGUAAUUGAAUACACCAAUUUAUGCUGUCUUCCGACCGUACAUCCAGGCGAAGCUUGUCGCUGAUGUUUGAGAAAUUUGUCACGUGUGAAUUCCAAAACACAGGAUCAAAGAUAUCCGGGAUAUAAUAUCAAAAAUUACAAACGCACAACUGACUAUAUCUAAGUAGCUUGAUUAGUUAGAGAGUGUGAAAAAACUAGGAGCUGUUUAACUUGAUAUUGUUGUUUACGUUAGAACACAGGUAUGGUAAUAGAUACCAGGUGUUACCCAUAUAUAGUGGGCAGUACUCUAGUAUAACCAGUGACAGUCAGUUGUCUCCCCUAGCACGGCAGCGUGGAUCGUGGAUAUUAAACGGUUUUUGAUAAGGAAUCUAGAUUCUAGAUUCUGGUUGAACAACCCGGAUUGUGUAAAGCCAUUCUGUCCUUGUUAUUAUCACAACAGUUUGGAUGUAGUUUAAGAACUCUACAACUGAUAAUUGCAUCUAAAUCUAAUCCGAGCCUAAUUAUAUAAAUACCAGUGGUUAGGUUUGAUAUCAAGAAACGUGCUGUGACCCAUUUAUCGUAAUUGGCCUCAUUCGCAUAGACGCUUCGCUCGAACCGGUGUAAAGUUGCACAACAUACCAUAUGAUAUGGACGCUGAUUUGUUUACCAUCUAUGCAAUUAACAACGACUGCGCUUCCACGUUGAAAGAGUACUGAAGGAAACCUAUCUCAAAUUCAUCAGAUCAUGACACAGUGUUUAUUGUGUGUCGUUAUUAGUAUAUAUAACUAAUAUACAAGACCCAACCUGUAAGCCAUCAUAUACACUUAGUCACCGAACGGUUGUGCGUCCGCGUAUGAACAUGUUUAUAACUAGGAAAAGACCUACGUCAUACGAUGGAACAUAGAGAAUAUCAUUAUUAAUAAAUCAAUGCUGAAAUCUCAUAACUGGUUAAGGAGGAUGCCCGAUAAUAAUGUUUAUCAAAUCUGCAGCAGGGAUCAAUGGUCACAUCAUUAGCGCUGGUAAACAGUGUAUACAAAUCUCUGACGUCAUAGCACGCUCAUAGUGAAGCCUGAAACAGUUCCAAAUCUACAUCCACUGAAACGUGAAUACUUAGAGAAGGAUAUCUACCCUGGUUCCGCUGACUAACACGAACAGGUUUUGAAGCCGGAAACGUUUUGAUUGCCACCUCUUGUUUUCUAGUUUGGCAGUAUUUAUUUUUCCCAAGGAUUACAAUCUACGAAGAAUUUUAUAGGACCAAACAUAAACAGCCAGUUUGGAUAGUUUCUCUAUAAUCGGUUACUUAUUGAUGGUGAUCUAGACACAAGUUUUCCCGAUUCUGACACUGAGGAACUUGUGUAAAUUUACUCUCCGGACUAAAACGCACACAUACCAUGAAGAGUGAAAUGAGUAGCUCUAAGUCGACCAAGUGUAAAAAGCUAAUCCGGCUCAGUCCAAAGUCUAAGAAAAAACGUGUGAAGGAAUCGAACGGAAUGGAUGGUUGUCACAGUGCGGACCAUAUUGACGUGAAGGAGUGCUAUAGUCGUAAUAAGCUUCCAAACGGCUUCACAGACAAAGAAAGCCAAGAAUUAAAACAAGCAUUCAAUCUCUUCGACAAGAACAAUGAUGGGAAAAUAUCGAGUGAGGAACUUGGGUGUGUGAUGCGGAUGUUACGUCAUAACUACACGCAGGAGGAUAUAGACGACAUGAUAAAGAACGCCGAUACAAACGAGAAUGGUUUUGUGGAAUUUGACGAAUUUGUUGUGUUAAUGCGACGAUGGCAUCAAAACACGGAAGUAGAUGGCGCUGCAGCAUCAUCUUCCGUUUCUCCCAUUAGCAACGAGAAACAGUUGGAGGCGUUUAAAGUGUUUGAUAUGGAUGGAAACGGUUAUAUAGAUAAACAUGAACUUCGAUACACUAUGCGAAGACUCGGGGAAAAUCUAUCAGAAGAAGAUAUCAAAGAAAUGUUUAAAGAAGCUGAUUUAAAUGGCGACGGGAUGAUUGAUUUCAAUGAAUUCACGCGGUUGCUUCAUCACCUAGUCCCGGAUCCCGAGUAGAGGAGAGCUUUCUUCCAUAUUAUAUAUAUAUAUUUAUUAAUGGUGCCACGAUUUCCCUUAUUCUUCUUCAGUGUUUGUAAACACUCGGAUUUCUUUUUUUACAUUGUGUCUCCUUCGGAUCAGAUCUGACUGGUAAUCACAUAUCUGAUUAGUUGACAACGGGAAGUUGACAUUUUAAUUCCGGAGAAAACAACGAGGGAAAGGAUUAAAGGGGUGACAUAUAUUUAUUUGAAAAUGUGUAUCUUCAUUUAAAUAUGGACAUGAGAAAUUAAUAUAUAUAUAAGUUUACGACAUGUUCGUGACAACAUGUGCUGACAAGGUCUGGAGAACGACUAGCCGUAAUAGGAGUUCAGGCCUUCAGUACCGAACAUCUACUGUUUCCUUGUUUCAUACCUCAAUUCCGAAACAAGUAUAGAUAAAAACUAUUUUAUCUUUAUUUAGACGUAGUCGACAGGAGAACAAAGGUCUAUUCCAAUUUUGACAAAUAAGGACGAGGAAAUAAUAUAUCUAAAUAUUUGAGAAGCAACAGUCUUGUUUUAAAACAUAAAACGGGAUCCCGUAGAUCCCGGGGGUGGGGUGGGGGAUACAGCAAGGAAGGCGAACUGUAAUGAGGAUUUAUAAUAAAAUCAGGAAAUUUAAGUCAAAUAUUACUUUUACUCAUCUACGAUACGACACAGGUUGUAGAGGUUAUUUUAAAGGUGACUUGAAGGUCGAGCAGCGAUUAUAAAUAAAAUAUACAUUUAUGUCGCCAUUACAAUUUACAAAUCAUUUUCGUAGUGUUCUAACUAACAGCCCACUUUAUGUUCCGUUUAAAACACACAGUCUCGACUACAUUUACACCAACAGACAUUAGAAUUAUAAUAUGAAAUCCCGGUCACGUGAUAAUUGUGACAACAUAUCACGUUGACUGGCAGAGUGGUAGAUUGUUUGCAAAGAAUUGAUGAUCUAUGGCAAUUAAAUAAUCGAAAGUAUACGUCUGUACUUUCACACAGGUUGGUAGGUGACACAAUAGGACACGAAGGAAUCGCGGUGACGUCUCGUUAAGGCUGUUAAAAUACAUUGCUCAUUGAAACCUGUCUAAUCGGACGCCUGAGUAUUCCGACAAAUAUUCUAACAACCAUACUGAUGCAACUGCAGGUCUACUGAAUACUGACAUGUUUAUUCUGACCAACAGAGUGUCGGACAAGAUUUCAGUGUGUUGUUGAAAUUUGAGGGAGGACAUUUACAAGAAGUGUGUCGCUAUUUAAAAAAGAAAAUGCUGACAAUAUACAUAUAAUAUGAAUGGAAUAUAACUUUUAGUAGAUGUUGACGUCACAUGUUACUCUGAUGAACGAUAGGAUGGAAGCAAUGGCAGAUACUUAAUAUGCUGAACUACUGAAACAAUAUAUAUAUGAUAAGGGUCUAUAUAACUCAGUGUGAUACCUUUACCUCUAUAAAUACUCAUUCACGCAAUUAUUUUCCCUGUUUGUAUUUUAUUUACCCAAUCAAUGUAUAUUUCGUUGGUCAAUACAACAUUCCAAGCAAAGAGUAUGACAGGUAAUUGUGUUAUAUACCCACUUAAUUAGUAGCUUAUUAUCUCCCCCUUUUAUCACGAUUUUCCUGUUAUGUAAUCGUGUGUCCUAUUUCGAGUUAUUCCCCUCGGUUUAAUUUAUAUGUGCUGGCCUUUUAUUCAGCGGUGCGAUAUGAUAUGGUUUUACGGAAUGUUUUGUCUCGUUUGUACAUGUUUGUGGUGGUUUACUUCAUUUAGAAAUAUAUCAAAUGUUAACUUCUGAUUGGCUGUUGGCAGCAGAUGAUAUACGGACAGGUCCCCACAGUCAAACAUAGAACUUAUAUUACCAAUCCUUGUUGUUUAGGGAAGGCAGAUUUGUACGGUGUUUGUUUUGAGAUUUUUUUUUUUUUUAUGUACCGCGGAUAUUGAUUGGUGCUCUGACAGUUGCAUAGUGACACCUGUCUACACUGAAGCUAUAACAAUACAGGAAUCAAUGCAUAACGGCCUACCAUCUGUCAACCUGCUGUUUAAUGCCUACUUGCUAUCAAAACAAAGUAUUAUAAACUUGGAUCACCUGUUCACCCUUUUAUGUGAAUUUCUGUGGAUAUUCGAGGUGCCUACGGUGUACUGGUGGUGCAGACAGGCGUUACUAUACUUGUCCUAAAGGACGUGUUUUAAAUAUCUUAAUACGAUUCUGUACAGCGUCGCACUAAGAACUACAUCAACUUUCACGACGAAAACUGGUUUAGCGCACAGCAAACCUUUGAUAUUAUGCAAAAUUAAAGCAUUGGAAGAGCAUAGGAUAUUGCAUGGAAUUUCUUAGUGUCAUUUUACCAGAAACUUUUGCAAAUAAGUCGCGCUUUUUUGCUGUAGAAAGCAAUUUGAUUCUGAUUGUCUUCAUAAAAGGAUGCAAAUUACAGAAGUUUUAAAAGAAUGUCAGAUCGCAGAUUAUCACAGGAGCGAACUAAACCUUUUUUCCUUAUCUACUGUAUUUUUAAAAUCAUCUAAAUUUAUUGAAAAAAUGCAUCACUUUUCAAUGAGGAUUUCUAUGCCGUUUGAAAUAUAUGUCUCAUCACAUUCAUAUUAAAAGUGUUUAGGUGCACAAUGGUCAUAUCGAUUUUCGAAAAGAAAAAAAACUCUUUUCUUUACCAUACGACGAUUAUAAUCUAUUCGGCUUAUGUUGAUAUAGCGGAGGUAGAUUUCAUUCAAAUAUAUAGAUAUACCAAUAAGCAAAUUAAAGAUUAGUACAGAUUUCAUAGUACUUCACAAACUAGCUAUAUUUGAGAUGAAAUCAUUUCUAGUCACAAAAGGAGUCGGUAUUUGCUUUAUUUUGAGAAGGCCUUCAGUACAUACCCGAUUUAAAAUAACUUACUGUUGUGUGUUUUAGUGUUUUCAAAUUUCGGGAAUGAUCUGUUUCAGCUCCAGUAGAUAUAGGUAGCCUGAGGUGGUUAUUCUGAUUAUAAAUGUUAUGUUAUAGAGAUGGAUUGGCUCUGCGCAUGCGUACUACAGAUGUUCGAUACAUUGUAGUAGGUGUCUACGAUGUAUAAUGUUAGUUGUUAAACCUAGUAGCACAAUUUAUUUUCAUAUGUAAAUAGUUGUUUGUACAAAUUCAACUUGUAUAUAGUUUUCCUACCUUGAUUAAAAUGUUGUUUAAUGAUCUGA